AUGGUUCUCGCAAAAUCCAAGAAUGCCGUUGGGCUGGGAAACAGUUUGAUGAAUGAUCGAUUUGGAAAAGGCAAAGGCACAGAUCGUAAGAAGGUCACAUCUGCAGGAAUCCACAGAAUAAACCAUGCCACUGGAGAGACUUAUGUUACGAACGAGCGAAAAGAGGCCAGUUGGGUCAAAAUGCGAUCAGUUACUGAGCAGGCUGCUCUCGACGAGUUCUUGUCUACGGCAGAGCUGGCUGGCACCGAUUUCACGGCCGAAAAGAUGAACAACGUUAAGAUUAUUCAUACCGAUCAGAAGAAUCCAUACCUGUUAUCUGCGGCAGAAGAGCGAGCAGCAGUUGGAAAGCAAAAGGCACACAAAGAUAGGCUUACGGUGCCAAGGAGACCUCACUGGGAUUCCACUACCACUCCCGAACAGCUGGACCGGAUGGAGCGAGAUAGUCUGUUAGAGUGGCGCAGAGGUUUAGCAGAAUUGCAGGAAAACAACGAUUUACUCAUAACACCCUUUGAACGAAACCUGGAGGUUUGGAGACAAUUAUGGAGAGUUAUUGAGAGAUCUGAUCUCGUGGUACAGAUUGUUGAUGCCAGAAAUCCGCUAUUGUUCCGGUCUGAGGAUUUGGAGAGAUACGUGAAGGAUGUGGAUCCGAGGAAAGAGAACCUUUUACUAGUUAACAAGGCGGAUAUGUUGACUUUGGAACAACGAAAGGCAUGGGCCGAUCAUUUCCAGGAAGCUGGGAUAUCGUACAAGUUCUUCUCCGCCAGUCUAGCAAAAGAACUGAACGAAGCUCGUGAUCUAGAGGAGGAGUCUGAGGAGGAUGAAGAUGAGGUCCAACAGAAGGCCGAAGCAUCAGCAUCAAAAUUGGCAGAGAAGGCCAAAGCUUUGAACAUGAGCGAGGACGAAGAAGAUGAGGGCGAGGAAGAUAGUGAAGCGGAAGAGAGAGAGGAAAACGAUGAGGAAGAUGAUCAAGCCGAUGGAGAGUCAUUUGAGGAGGGUGGAGAAGAUGAAGGCACCAGAAUAUUAACGGUAGAAGAGCUGGAAGAUUUGUUCUUACUCCAUGCUCCCGACAACCUUGAUGCCGAUUCUGAGAACUCGAGAAAGACUCAAAUUGGUUUAGUUGGGUAUCCCAACGUAGGAAAGUCAUCUACCAUUAACGCUUUGAUCGGAGCAAAGAAGGUGUCGGUUUCUUCAACGCCAGGAAAAACGAAGCAUUUUCAGACAAUUCAUCUCAGCGAGAGGGUGUUGUUGUGUGACUGUCCUGGUCUCGUGUUCCCAAAUUUUGCAACAACAAAGGCAGAACUUGUUUGCAACGGUAUUCUCCCAAUUGAUCAGCUCAGAGAGUUUACAGGUCCAGCUGGUCUUGUUGCCAAACGGAUACCACAAGUUUUCCUAGAAGCUUUGUACGGAAUGAAGAUCAUAACGAGACCUCUCGAAGAAGGCGGAACAGGAAUACCAACAGCAGAGGAAGUUCUGAAUGCGUAUGCGAAAGCGAGAGGAUUCACAAGAACUGGCCAAGGACAACCUGAUGAAUCCAGGGCAGCACGGUAUAUCUUGAAGGAUUAUGUCAAUGGCAAACUUCUCUUCUGCCAACCACCUCCAUCAGACAUCGACCCAAUAGAGUUCAAUCGAGAGCUUUACGAUGAAGGUCAUCUGCCGGAGAAGAGACGACUUGCUUUGGCGGCCAUGGACUCUUCAAUGGAGGAUCACACUUUAGUGCCCGAUUCGGACAUGGUACCAUUUGAGCAAGGUCCGAAAUCGAAGAAGCUUGACAACGCCUUCUUCGCGCAAGGACAAGGAAACUCAGCACAUUUACGAAUGCCGUUCAAUCACAAGUACUCCCAACAGGGGACUGCCAGCGGCAAGCAGUUAUCAGGCCGAAAGCAGAAGACUUUGAUCGCAUUGGAGAAGGACCUGGAUCCCAACGACAUCAAGAUGCUAACGAGUAAGAAACAUUUCAAGCAUGGCGCCAAAGGCAAUGGGAAACGGCGGGCGGAUUAUUUUGCGGAUUGA